UGUCUGCAGUCCAAGGUUUAACACGUAAUGCUAACCAGAGAUCCGCCUCCAACAGAACUGCGAGUCCAACACGUAGCUUGUCAACCUGACAAUACAGGCCGAAAACGGGCGGUUGGACAUCGGCGGGAGCGAAAGUGAAGGAAUUUCUCUCUGGUUAUUUCCCUGACCAAAAGUAAGAAGCAUGAACGUGUUUGAUCGCAACAUCAACUUUGAUGCCCUCUUCAAAUUCUCUCAGAUCUCCCGUUCCACUCAACAGCACCUGAAGAAUGUCUACGCCAGUUUAGCUGUGUGUAUGUUCGUGGCGGCAGCCGGGGCCUACGUCCAUGUUGUCCUGAGGCUUUUUCAGGGCGGGAUGCUCUCCGUGCUGGGAUCUCUGGCCAUGAUGGCUUGGCUCGCCAUGACGCCUCACAGCCCUCAGACUGAGAAGAAGAGGCUGGGUAUCCUCGCUGGCUUUGCUUUCCUCACAGGUGUUGGACUUGGCCCUGCAUUGGAUUAUGUCAUUAAAAUCAACCCAAGCAUCAUCAUGACUGCUUUCCUGGGUACCUCAGUCAUCUUCACCUGUUUCACUCUGAGUGCCCUCUACGCUCAGCGUAGGAGUUACCUGUUCCUGGGAGGCACUCUGAUGUCGGCCCUGUCUAUUCUGCUGCUGGUUUCUGUCCUCAACAUGUUUGUGGGCUCCGUCAUGCUCUUCAAGGCUCAUGUCUACAUCGGUCUGGCUAUCAUGUGUGGAUUUGUGCUGUUUGACACUCAGCUCAUCAUUGAGAAGGCAGAAAUGGGAGACAAGGAUUACAUUUGGCAUUGCGUGGAUCUCUUCCUGGAUUUUGUGACCAUCUUCAGAAAGCUCAUGGUCAUCCUUGCUAUGAAUGAGAAGGACAAGAAGAAGGAGAAGAAGUAGACUGACUCUGGACAGUUAGAAAAAAAUAAUAAAAAUCUGUGAUUUGUUUGCGUCAGAAAGUGUCUGAUGCGUCCAACCUAACAUCUUAAUUAUGAAUCCAAUUCUGUUGAUUUUGUACUUUGGUAUGUUGUCUUAAUUUUGUUUGAGAAUCAUGGAUUUAGGCUGUGUAGUAAUGUUGACAGAUGUGACUUUGGUAUAAUGUUUUGAAGGUCUCUACAGUUGUUGAUUUUUUUUUAUUUUAUUUUAUUCUUAUUCAUUUUUUUUAGUUCAUUUAAAACUAUAGAGGCAGAUUUUUUUGAUCAGGCAUAAAAGUUCUUAAGUUCUUUUCGCAUAUCCUUCCUCUGACUUGCAUUAAUGCUUAAAAUGUGAUACUUUUUCGUAGUUAAACAGGCAAGGUAGAGUAAAUUUAAUCCUCUUAUUGUAAAUAUUGUGAAGGAUUUGACAAGUCAGUUGUAACAGAUAAAACAGCUGCUCACUACUUUCUUAAAGUUUUGCUUAAUUGUUUUUAUUACAGCUACUGAAGUUUUCUCCCAUUCCCCCCAAUAUUCAGUCACACAGGGUGAAUUUCUCCCAUUAUUGCCAUCGAUCGUCACAUUUUUCUUACUAUUGCAGCUGCUGUAUAUGCCAAUGUUACGAAGUUCAGCACUCAGGCUUUGAGGGGCGUGUUUAUCAUCACUGGUGAUAAUGUAGCUACUGAUCAGGUUGUAUUUUGAACUUCCUGCUGACUAACGAUAAUAAAUAGUGCCACAGAUCGUUUGAGUUCCAUAUGACUAAUAUUCAUGCAGAUUCUUUAUCUCUGCCAAUCUAUUGCCAUCUUCAAGGAAAAAGCUCUUGAUGAUAAGCUGUGAUUAUGGACUAUGGACCUAGAUACACUAUAGAAACGUCAGUUUUGACAAUGUGUGGUGAGAAAAUGAUGUAAUUGAGGCCCACGGGGUGACAAUAAGACAGAUUCAGAUUAUUAUAAUAUUUAAAGCGGAUCUGCUUGUGCUUUUGGCCUAGAGAACAGGAGAAUAUUAUUUACAGAAGACAAACUCGCAUGUCUAAGUUAUGAGACAUUCAUGAGAUUUCAAUGGUUUAGUAAUGUAUCCAGGCCUGUAGACUUUGCCAAGAUACAACAUCUUGUUGAAAUGUGAUUAACACUUCUUCUCCAGAAAGCACUAUUUUCAACAGGAAAGGAAAGCUAACGUAAGGCAUUGAAAACUAGUUUCUUACUCAUUUUGUAAUUCAUGUAAUGUUAGCAAGCUGUGUAAAUCAGAUUUGUCCUUAUUUUGAGAAGACAUCUAAUUUUAGACCUUCACAUUACCAUUUUCUGAGCUUAUAUCCUCUGUUUGGUCAUCCUACGAUAAAUACAUUUGCCAUUGUUGUGUAAUAAAGGCUGAAUUAAUCUUUA